UUUAAUUGAAUCGCGUAAAGUCGCGUUUCGGUGGACCCCUUCACCCAGACAACGACAACCAUUCACAACUCGAGCGCAUCGCGACUUGGAUUCCCAUCUUUUUCAGGACUUCGUUGCACUAGGUCGCAUUGUGUUUCUGAUCGACGAUUUACUCUUGCUUUCGUUAAGAGCAAGCACAAAAAAUGGCAAACGUCGAAGAGUGGCUUGCCAACGCCAACGAGGCGAUUCAUAUCAGCCUGGUGUCUCCCUCCGAAUCUGGCCUUCAACAUCUUGCUACAUUUAACCCUCGACACACAUACUCGAUUUUCGGCGAGGAAGAACAGAUCUUUGGCUACAAAGAUCUCAAGGUCAGCCUGCGGUUUCGCGCUAACGAUAUGCGACCGCACUUGAAGACAUCCUACAGCAAGAAGUUCAAGGUUGUUGGAGGACCUGAGCCUACAGAUGUGGCAGCUAUUCUCAAGGAAGGCAAUCAUUUGCCUAAGAUCGCCUUUGCCACAGCAAGCGAUUUCGAAGAGAGCUCCAAGCUAAUGGGCGAUAACUGGGUACCGUCCGGAACCCUUCAUGCGACCUUCGAUAGUCCUGAUGGCGAGUACGAAAUCUGGCGCGGAAAUCUCGCCGACCCAGCUAUCAAGCAACUCAACAGCCGCCUGCAGAUAUUUGUUCCUCUUUUCAUCGAAGGCGGCACUUAUAUCGGCCAAGAUCCCGAGAUGGACUCAACAGAGCUUGAUCUAUCUGAUGCCGAUCGAUGGACAUUCUUUGCCCUUUAUCAGAAGCGAAAGGUGGCGGACAAGACCUCGUAUGUGUUUGUAGGCUACUCAACCAUCUACCGAUUUUACUAUUUCCAGCCGCCCACGCCCCCAGCAUCGCCUCGAAGCGAUGAGUGGGAGCUGCCAAAUGGUGAGGUGGACCUCGCCGAGUUACCCUCCCGAACAAGACUAUCUCAAUUCGUUAUUUUACCCCCUUUUCAGGGCAAAGGCAACGGAGCACGACUCUACAAGACCAUCUUCGAGCACUACCAUAAGAUUCCACAGACGUAUGAGUUCACUGUGGAGGACCCAAACGAAGCCUUCGAUGACUUGCGAGACAUCUGCGAUUUGCAAUUCCUCCGCACGAUGCCCGAGUUCAACGACCUGCGACUUGAUACAGAAGUUGCCAUUCCUAGGAAGGGAACUCUGCCAAAACUGAUUGUUGGCAGUGACAAGCUUGAGACUAUUCGACUUCAGGCUAAGAUUGCACCUCGCCAGUUUGGUCGGGUCCUGGAAAUGCACCUCAUGUCUCAACUUCCCAAAUCAGUACGACCAACAAUGGACAUUGAUGGAGACAUGCCAGAAGCUACACAAGCCGACAAGCACCAGGGCAAGGUCUGGAGUCUGAUUGUUAAACAGCGACUGUACCGUCACAACAAAGAUGUCCUAUCUCAAAUCGAACCUCAUGAGCGCGUUGACAAGCUUGAUGACACUCUGCAGGGUGUUGGACUAGAGUAUGCGCGUAUCCUGUCUGCCUUGGAACGCUCAGCGAAGCACUCUCAAAGCCAAUCAAUAGCGAAUGGCAAGCGAAAGCUGGACACAGAGGAAACCGAGCAGGAUACCGGUAGCAAGAAAGCUCGCGUUGAGAAUUCUUAGGUGUUUAUGUAUUUUAAUUUCUUGAGGCUUAACCGAAUGAACGGAUUAGCUAGGCGUUGGGAAUAAUGGACGGAGAAAAAUGUAUGAUCUUGUGUAUGAAUCAAACCAUUACACCUAUAUCCGGUGUACUUAACCUAUGCUGUGCCAUGCCAUGCCAUGCAAACAAACAAGCCGAUUAUCUUAACAGAGGCGAGAAUAAUUACCCCCCAAAGGUCUGCAGCAAGAACUGCCAAGUACUAUCGAGUCUAAGAUAAGAUAGAAGAAGAUACUAGGAUUUUGUAUUCUUUCCCUUGCCAUGUCCUCGACCUCUUUGGGCUCUAGUUUUGGUUCGUAGACUGAUUCCAGUGAUUGAAAGUCCGAGACUACCUCGGGGUCUGAGAUAGGCAGGGAACAUGAAUAUGAUGGUUGCCAGGACUUCCUGGGAAGUUCUGACCGAUCAUCGUGGUCAUGAUCCAUUCAUUCAUAACGUGCACCGGGAAACCUGGUGCCAUUUACACCGUCAGCCCCCUUUCCAAUCUGACCGGCCACAACAGCGGCCUCACGUACAGCUCUUGAGACGGAGCCA